AUGAGUUCGCAAUACGUUUCGGAUUCCCGUCCUGGUUACCUCACUUCAGUUAUGACUGGAGACGCUUGGAGCAUUGGAAAUGAAGAUAGUUCCAAGGGGCUGAGGCGUAGGUAUUCUCUUGUGAAGGAAGAGAAGAAGUACUCGCUUCUUGCGAAAUGUGUCGCUGAGUUCCUCGGAGAUCUCACUUUCGUCUUUGUCGGAACAAUGCAAUCUUACACUAUUGGCGACGCUAUUACUCAUGCAGCACUUGCUCAUGGAUUCACUAUCUUCAUAAUUGUAACAGCAUUGGGACAUAUUAGUGGUGGUCAUUUCAAUCCAGCAGUGUCAUGGGCAGUCGUCGGAACCGGAAAACUCCCAAUACACCAUUUUCCGUUUUACAUGUUUUCGCAACUUCUUGGAGGAUUCUGCGGAGCUCUCUUGACAGCGGCAGUGCUGAAUAAGGAUCAAUUGAAAAUGGUCAUGGCUGGUGCAACUCUUUUGUCGGAUGAUAAUCAAUGGUGGCAAGGACUCAUCAGUGAAACUAUUGUCACGUUCUUCCUCGUUCACACCAUUCUCAUCACCGCUGUUGAUUCGGACAAAGUCACGUUGGCACCAUUGGCCAUUGGAUUGACUCUUUCAAUUGAUAUAUUGUCAACAGGGACCAUUACUGGUGCGUCAAUGAAUCCUGCGAGAUCACUUGGUCCAAGUAUCGUCGGCAGCAUUUUCUUGCCGGAAAUUUCCUCGAAAUUCUGGACAUACCAAUACAUUUAUUGGGCUGGUCCGUUCCUCGGAUCCACAAUUGCUCUAGCCAUUUACAAACUUUUCGAGGCACGAGAAGAUCGAUUCAUCUCAUAA